GGAGGGGAGAGAUGACGCAGUGCUGAGGAGUGUGUGUCGCCGUGAAGAGUGAGAUGUGUUCUUUAUCAGCAUUACAGCGUGUCCCGUUACCCUGAACCUGAGGAAACAACAACAGUAUGACGGGUCAGGCUGCGGCGGAGCGGUCGCUCUCCUCUCACCGUCUCUCGGUCAGGAGCACACUGGAGGAGGACAUGGACAGAGCAGAGACCACACUAAGCAGGACCCAGUCAGUGUGUGAUGGAGAUGAUGACACGUCCUCCGAGCUGCAGCGUGUGGCCGCACUUGAAACUCAAAACGCAGCCUCCAGAAACUCAUUGAGGGGGAGGGGGGCUCUGUCCAGGCUCGUGAACCUGGUGGUGACUCUGAGAGAAUGGGCUCACAGGAGUCUGAUGGAGGAGGAGGAGCGACCCGACUCCUUCCUCGAGCGAUUCCGAGGGCCCGAGGUUAGAGCUGCGACCAGCCAUGGCGGAACUGACCAAGCAGGAGCCGGCGGAACCAAAACAAAGCAGACUAUUAAGGAGAAGUGGGAGGGUCUCAUCAUAUCUCAGUCUGAUGAUGUAUAUUACUACUGGCUGUUCUUCAUCGCCUUGGCAGUGCUCUAUAACUGGGUCCUGCUGGUUGCCAGAGCUUGCUUUGAUGAUCUACAGACUCAGAACUACAUCCUGUGGCUGGUGCUUGAUUACAUCUGCGACCUCAUUUACAUACUAGACUCCUUUGUGCGACUGAGGACAGGAUUUCUGGAACAGGGUCUGCUGGUAAAAGACUUGGUCAAACUGAGAGACAACUACAUCCGAACCUUCCAGUUCAAAGUGGAUGUUCUCUCUAUUGUGCCUACGGACCUGAUCUACAUUGUCACAGGGAUUAACACACCUCAGCUUCGCUUCAACCGCCUGUUACGGUUCUCCCGCAUGUUUGAGUUCUUCGAUCGCACUGAGACACGCACUAAUUAUCCCAACACCUUCCGUAUCUGCAACCUAGUCCUCUAUAUCCUGGUCAUCAUCCACUGGAACGCUUGUAUCUACUACGCCAUUUCCAAGUCGUUGGGUCUUGGGUCAGAUCAGUGGGUAUAUCCCAACACGACCAACACAGAGUUCGGAACAUUAACCCGUUGCUAUGUCUACUGCUUCUACUGGUCCACGCUAACACUUACCACUAUUGGAGAAAUGCCUCCACCGGUCAAGGACGAGGAGUUCGUCUUCGUAGUGUUCGACUUUCUGGUUGGCGUGCUGAUCUUUGCCACAAUUGUCGGUAAUGUGGGGUCCAUGAUCUCUAACAUGAAUGCCACGAGAGCAGAGUUCCAGGCAAAGAUUGACGCCAUUAAACACUACAUGCACUUCCGCAAGGUCAGCCGCAACCUCGAGACCCGUGUCAUCAAGUGGUUCGACUACCUCUGGACCAAUCAGAAAGCCGUGGAUGAACAUGAGGUGCUAAAGAACCUUCCAAACAAGUUGCGGGCGGAAAUCGCCAUCAACGUCCAUCUGGACACGCUGAAGAAGGUUCGUAUCUUUCAAGACUGCGAAGCGGGACUGUUAGUGGAGCUGGUUUUGAAACUGCGCCCCCAGGUGUAUAGCCCUGGCGACUACAUCUGCAGGAAGGGCGACAUCGGGAAGGAGAUGUACAUCAUCAAGGAGGGAAAACUGGCUGUGGUUGCAGAUGACGGCGUGACACAGUUUGCAUUGCUAACUGCUGGGGGGUGCUUCGGAGAAAUUAGCAUCCUAAACAUUCGGGGUAGCAAGAUGGGCAACCGCCGAACCGCCAACAUACGUAGCAUCGGCUACUCGGAUCUAUUCUGCCUAUCCAAAGAGGAUCUAAUGGAGGCCGUGACAGAAUAUCCGGAUGCUCAGAAAGUUCUGGAAGAGCGUGGGAGGGAGAUCCUGAAGAAGCAGGGCCUACUGGAUGAAAGCGCAGCGGCUGGAGGGCUGGGCGUCAUGGAUACCGAAGAGAAGGUGGAACAUCUGGAAGCUUCUCUAGACAUCUUGCAGACACGAUUUGCUCGGCUGCUGGGAGAGUUCACAACAACGCAGCGUCGUCUUAAACAGCGAAUCACAGCGCUGGAAAGGCAGUUGUGCCACACAGGACUCGGACUGCUGUCGGACAAUGACGUGGAAGGAGAGGCCGACCCAGCGGUCACUCAAACAGAUGCAGACAUACAUAGACGUUCAGAGACACACAUUCAGACUUCUACAAACUCUGUGGUGAGAAGUAACUCAGACGUGGAAGCUUCACGGCCUGAGCCAAAAACAGGGCCAUGAAUGAAGUAGAACUGCUUUGCACGUGUUAAUGCUUUCCUCCAGUUGCAGCUGGCGCAAAAAAUUUUGGAAGGGGGGGGCAAACCAGAACAAAACAAAAAUCAAACCAUGACUUAGAACAACACACUGUAAUGUUGCCUAUGACACAAUAAAUGUUGCCCUCCUUUU